AUGGCGGUCGAUCUGACAACGUCAGAUCCAUCGUCUGGUCCAGAGCAUGCGAAGAAGUAUGGACGCGGUCAACCGUAUCGGCGAGGGUUACACCAGAUACUGAACUACGGGCCUUGUUCGAGCAUGAUAGCCAUAGAACACGUCUGCAAAUCAUUUCAACUAGCAUUGCUGAUAUUCCUCGUUGCGCUGACGGCGACGACACACGCGUACCGAUAUUUCCAAGACGAAAUACCAAACGGAGACGUCGUGCACCACCCGUGCAAGCCCAACUUCAUCUGGCGUGGUGUGGGUCACCGCAACGUCCUUGGCGGCGGCAAACUCAACCCAUUUGGCAAAGAUUUUAAACAAGUCAAGAAGUGGACACGAGAGCUGUGUAGGAAAGACUCGGAUGGAGACGGACGGACGAACGGACAGGAACUCGGUGAUCCGGAUUGUAUUUGGAGUCCUGGACAGUUUCCCACCAGAGUAACAAACAUCACACAUCCAGGUGUAUGCGAUCCAUGGGAUGGUGCGAAAUGUAAAACAAAGAAUAUCUGGGUUUCCUGUGACGCAGGAGAAUUUAAAUGUGACGCCAUUAACGAUCCAGCUGUGAAAUCUGUGACAUUACGGUAUCCACCAACCAAAGUGCCACCGACAGAAACAAACUAUAUGUGUAUGAACUUUGACCUGCCCAAGGAUGACGACUACCACGUCAUCGCAACCAUGCCUUUCAUCAACAACACCGACGUGAUGCAUCACAUCAUCCUAUACGGAUGCGCGGACGACCUGCAGAUUACCAGUGAACCGUACCAGUGCUACAUGACUCCACAGGGUUGUACAGAGGUGCUAGGAAUCUGGACGCUAGGCAUGACCGGAGAGUGUCUGUACAAAGACGCCGGGUAUCACAUUGGUAGAACUGGCACCAAGAAGGCAGCUCUUCAGUUUCACUGGACAAACCCCGAGCUAAAAAAGGACUACGUUGACUCUUCCGGUUUAACACUGUUGUACACCCCGAACCGCCGGAAGUACGACGCUGGUAUUUUCAUGACAGGCAACAUUUGGCUGGAGAUUCCUCCAGGAAAAGCCCGCGUGAUGCAAACGUCAGUGUGCACAGCAGACUGCACGAGGAAAAUCCUCAAGGGACCGAUCCGCGUCGCCAGCGCCUUGAACCACAUGCACUACCUAGGUUUUGAACAAAAUGUCGAACUGUUCCGAGGAGACACGAAGGUUACCGAUCUGGCAUACGACCCCAUCUACAGCUACGAUACGCCCAUUAUUCACCAGUACGACGAGCCUGUAGUGAUUCUACCCGGAGACCACCUGAAGACGACGUGCGUGUAUCGCUCUCUCUCCAAGAAGCAGACGACAUACUACGGCGAAGGCUCUUACGACGAGAUGUGUUUUGGCUUGUUCACGGUGUACCCCAAACAGAACGUCACGGAAAGCUGUACCACGUGGAAGGAUGUGUCUAUGUGUGAUUUCUCUCCCAAAGCCCUCGAUUGCUGGGCCGUCAUCUUCAACACAUCCCAUCCAGAUGCCCAGGAAAUAUACAAAAAGGUGAUGAGCAACUGCAACGUUUUCGGCAGCUGUCGACCUGAAUGUCCAGCGGUAGUGGAAGAGAUGAGACAACACCCGUGUCUCCAGGGACAACUGUUCGACUACACUCUCCACUGGAUGUCGGUCUCAGAUAACACGAUGCAGAUGAAAUUUGCCUCUGCUCUGAGGUCAUGUGACUGUCAAGUGGCGCCACCACCUGUCCAGUCGCCCAACCCCAACAGUGGCGCGGUCGUGCUGAUUUCUGUUUGGACAGCUUUGUCCACCACAGUCUUGCUGCACUUAGUCACGUAGGCCAUACAGUGCUGACAGGUAUUGACUCAGAAAUGGAUCUACCCGUUAUGUUCCGUCCAGUGACAGGAUGAACAUAUUACAUUCGUCAUUGGUGAAAUCGAGGAGGUUACAGCAUAUUAAUUGUCGGGUUGGUUUUAAUGGGUAGAACAUACACCACAUUUCUGUGCAAAUUAUUGUUAUUGUUAAAACACGGUGUUGCAUUGAUAAUCUCAGAUAACAAGACCCUCAUAUUUUUUAAUAUUUUACUUCUUUUUAUUCUCUGUUAGUAUCACUUCUACCUAGUUGAAUUUAAUAAAAAAAACCCAGUUUGAAUAAU